UCAGUAGGAACAUGAACGAUUCUUCCGAUUCUGAGUACGAAGACACAGAAUACAUAGUUUUCGGGGACUUCAAAAACCACGUUAAUCCGCACCAGCUGAACCACGAGGAGGCGGCUAUUAAGAUCAUCGGAAUCGAGAGCGAUGCGCCCAUGGCGGAGGUGAAUGGCAGCAUCUACCGCGGGCGCUACGAGCAUUCGGUGGGAACCAACGUGUUCUUCGAAAAGGAGAAGGACAAUCUGGCCAGCGACCCGCUUUUUGAGUCCGUUUGUCGCCAGCGCUAUAAGUACGUGGACAAGACCACCAAGGUGAUAUCCUUCGAGCGGGUCUACGUCGAUAACCUGCAUCAGGAGGCCGAAAAAUCGGUUAAAGCCGAUGAGGACGAGCAGGCGGAGGCCAAGCCGGAGUCGUUAAAGUUGAAUAUUACCUACAAGGAGGCGAUCAACAAGUUUGGAGAGGAUCAUUAA